AGCAAUUAAUCUGUGAGGAUGGGAAACUGUUGCAAGGCAGCUUCAUCAAGCAAGGUGUUUGAUGAAGGUCAUCCGGGGAAAGUGCAGAAGGAGAAGCUGAUGGAAGUGCUGGGAGUUUCUCCUGAUGCGAAUGGGAAAGUGAAGAUAAAGAUAUCAAAGAAGGAGUUGGCAGAAUUGUUGGAUAAGCAGGAAGAUGUUGAUGGGCGAGCUUCUGCUGAACAAGUUCUGCUUGGCUUAAUGAGAAAGGCGAGAGAAAAUGAUGGUGGUCACAGAUUGUGGAGGCCUGUUCUAGAGACUAUUUCUGAGGAUAUUUGAGCGGUUGU